CCAAUUCUCCUCUGGAAUUCACCGCCCCUUUUCUUUGCCUCCAAAAUUCAGUUCCCUCAGAGGAGGAGGCGAAAAUAUAAAAGAUCAGCGGCUUUCCCGUUUUCGUGAAACUCUAAUCCCAGUUUAGGUUGACGGAAAAAGAUAAGUAAUUGAUGAAACGAUGACCGAAGAAGGAAAAAACAGAGGCGUCAACGUCACCGGCAACCCGCAGACCCAGUAUUAUGGGACUUUUCAAGGCGUCGCCAAUUACUAUCCUUCUGUUUCGCAGCCCGCGCCCCCGCCCCCGCCCCAUACGGUUGUCGGUUUUCCUCAGCCGAUUGCUCCUCAUGGCUCCAUCGCUAAUCCUCAGUACUUUCCUCAUGGAUAUAAUAGCUUUGCAACAGGUUAUGCGGUUAUUGAGGGAAGGCCCGUGAGAGAACACAGGCUUCCAUGUUGUGGUUUGGGCAUGGGAUGGUUCUUGUUUAUUGUUGGGUUCUUUUUAGGUGGCAUUCCUUGGUAUGUUGGUACUUUUAUCGUGCUCUGUGUACAAGUGGAUUACAGAGAAAAGGCUGGAUAUGUUGCAUGUGCGAUAGCUUUUCACCAAUACCAGGUUGUUGGAAGAGGGUUGCCCACUGAGAAUGAUGAGCAUCCAAAAAUUUAUCGGAUGAAGCUGUGGGCCACUAAUGAGGUUAGGGCCAAGUCCAAGUUCUGGUACUUCUUGAGGAAGCUGAAAAAGGUCAAGAAGAGCAAUGGCCAAGUACUUGCUAUUAACGAGAUCUUUGAGAAGAACCCAACUAAGAUCAAGAAUUAUGGCAUUUGGUUGCGUUACCAAAGCCGAACUGGCUAUCACAACAUGUACAAGGAAUACAGAGAUACCACUUUGAAUGGUGCUGUGGAACAGAUGUACACUGAGAUGGCUUCCCGACACAGAGUAAGGUUCCCAUGCAUUCAGAUAAUCAAGACUGGCACCAUUCCAGCUAAGCUCUGCAAAAGAGAAAGCAGCAAGCAAUUCCACAACUCGAAGAUCAAGUUCCCAUUGGUGUUCAAGAAGGUUAGGCCACCAACCAGGAAGCUUAGGACAACAUACAAGGCAUCCAGGCCCAACCUAUUUAUGUAAGCUGUCCUCAUCUGAAAAAUGAUGAGUAAAGAGAGGGAUUCAGUUAUGGAUUUUGUUUUUCCUAGACUUAUCAUUUUUGUUUAUUGGAUAUUGCUUUUGUUUUCAAAUCUUAUUUGGUAGACCAGUCAGAAAUUAUAUUCUGUGUUGUGAGAUCUCUUUUUUGUUUACUUCUAAAAUUGCUUUGGAUGUUAUUGCUAUUUACUUUUUAGCAUGAACUGAUAUUUCAUGCUUUAUUUC